AUGGACGGCCAGGAUCGGGAUGAGGAGCUCCGUGCCACGCGGGAUGUGAAGCCCACCGCCAACAAGUGUGUCUACCUUAGCACGCCGGAUUAUGGCCACGGCCGGCGGUCUACAAGAAAUCAUACAAUUUUGUCGUUACACAAAGGUCAAAGUCGGGAUGUCACGUGCACCACACACUCUGAGAACCUCCUCACGUGCCUGGUCCUGCCAAUAAGGGUGCAUGGCCAACAAUACCGUCGUCCACGUAAGCAGGUUGGAGGUGGUGUGCUUGCCGGCGAAGAAAAUGGUCUUACACUCCUCCACGACAUCGUUAGGGAUGAACACUUUCUGAUAAGCCUCGGUGGCAUGGACCAUUUGCUGGGACUGCAGCUCGAAAAUGGCCCGCCCAUCUUCGUAGCUGCUUCCGAAAGUCACCCUCGUAAUCACAUCCUCGACUAA